AUGAGCGUUCGAAAGGCCCUUGUUGGGAAAGGUCCCGGCGAGUAUGAGAUUAUCCACGAUGCCCCAGUACCUGAUUUACACAUGGACCAAAUGCUCUGCAAGACGAGUGCGGUAGCCUUGAAUCCUGCGGAUGCAAAGACCAUUGACCACUCACCGAGCCCAGGAAUUGGGGGCUAUGACUUCUCCGGAACGGUCGUCAAGGUUGGCGACUGUGUGACGAGGUUUAAGCCUGGUGAUCAGGUUUUCGGAUUCGUUCAUGGCUUGAAUGCGGACAAUCAAGAUUCCGGCGCGUUUGCCGAAUACGUGGUCGCCACAGCCGACCUCUGCUGCAAGAUGCCUGAAUCGAUGACCUUUACUCAAGCAUCUACGAUAGCUUUGGGGUUGGGAACUGUGGGCUACGCCAUGUUUCAGCAGCUGGGACUUGCCAUGCCUGGAUCUGAAGUUGGUGAGAGGCCGGAAUACGCUCUAGUUGCGGGUGGAAACACAUCUUCCGGCCGAAUGGCGAUUCAGCUUCUGAAACUUUCCGGCAUCAAGCCUGUCGUCACUUGCAGCGUCAACGCCAACGCCGACAUGAAGCAACUUGGCGCCGUAGAGACAUUCGACUAUCAUUCAAGCACCUGCGGCCGAGAGAUAAAGAACUAUACUCGCAACACAUUGGCACAUGCUCUGGAUUGUGUCACGUCAAACGAGACCAUGGCCAUGUGCUUCGAAGCUUUGGGGGCAAAGGGAGGUAAAUACAUCGGCCUUGAGGCCCCUCCGACGCAGAUUAAGUAUACCAGGCGCGAUGUCACCGUCGACUGGGUCCAAGCCCUUGCACUCUUUGGCAAGCCUGUCAGGUUGGAUGGCGUCUACGGUCGACCUGCUUUGCCGUCGGCUCGUCGGUUCGCGGCUGACCUUUAUCGUGUGGGCGAGAGAUGGACUCGGGAAGGAUUGAUCCGAGCCCCUGAGUUUCAGCUUCAAGAGGGCGGUUUGGACGGUAUCACAGAGGGCAUCGAUCAACUUCGCAAGAAACAGGUUCAAGGCCAUAAAUUGGUGUACUCAAUAUCUUAG